AUGGAGCUACUUAAUUUGAAAAAUGAGGACAACAUGUCAAUGCACACGAUGAGAUACUCAGACAUGCAGUUCGAAACGAAUACAGAUAUCUCCUCCAUUGAGGAGUCUCCCUUUUUCUCCGUUGGAGAUUUCCCAAACGAAUUGCACAGCAGCUUCGACGACAUUUCAGACUACAUCCUGGUGGACGAAUCAGACUUGAAAAGAGAACGAUCCGACAUUACAAGUUGCGAAAGUACCAUGACUAUGGCAACAAAGGGAGGAGGAGGUGUUAUGCCCAUCAAGCGAAAUGGAACAGUGAAAAUAAAGAAGGAAAUGAAGAGCGCUAGUUAUUCGGAGGGAAGUAAAACUGGAAGUGAUAAUAAUAAUCAUGAUGAGAAUAGGAAGCCAGGGCUCUGUAGGACCCUGGGAACAGAGGGUAGGAAGAGGAUGUUGAAAUUAUUGAGGAAGGCCUACAAAUAUAAUGAGGAAUGUAAAGUAAUAAUGAAAAAUAAGAAUCCUCCAUUGUCUAUUAGUUACUUGCCGUACUUCAAUCUGUCUAUGCUGUGGCAGCUAGCAGAAGAUUUCGGAGUUUAUAAUGAAGCUUUAAAAAUUCACAAGGAGUGCAUUAAGAAGAGGAAUGCCAAUGUACGCUUUAAGCAGAGCAGCAAAAACGCAGCGAAUUACAAUAUGUCAGACAUGAACAAGACGGCCAAGUCCGCCAAGGCGGAGUACAUGUCGGAUUAUAUGUGCGCAAAUAUGGAUACCCAGACGGGCGAGGACUUCGACACCACCAACACCACAUUAAAUGAUGAAGGGCAAGGAAAGAGGAAGAGGAAGAAGAGUGCCAUCCCAGUGGCUGAGAAGUAA